AGCAGCGCCUUUCCUCCUGUAGCUGCGCUCAGAUCUGCCGCUGUGGUUGCUGGACCAGCAAGAACAGCCUUGAACCGGUUUUGUUGUCGGUUACAAAGCAGUAUGAAACGGAUGCACAAUGCGCAUUGUCGACGCAGGGUGUUCUCUUAACACGCAAAAACCAUAGAUAGCAGAUCAGACAGACCAGCGUGCGUGGACGAGUUUUUCCUCGUUUAUGUUAUCUGCAGUGUUUUUUUAACGGGGAAACCAUCCUAUAUGGAAAGUUCCUGCAGAACGCGCAGCUCUGCAGGGUCCUGCUGCUGUUUUUGUAGAUGCUGAGGAACACCUCUGCCAAAGCUGUAGCAGAUCCCCGAGGGCAGCUCUAAGAUCAGCACCAUGGCUCCAUCUACUGAAGUCCUGGACGGAGGCUGGGGAUGGGCGAUUGUUGGGGCCUCCUUUAUGGCCCAGCUCCUGGCCUAUGGAUCACCCCAGUCAGUGGGAGUCCUGUACCCCGAGUGGCUGCAUGUUUUCCAGGAGGGCAAAGGCUUGACAGCCUGGGUGGGCUCCCUUGUGGCUGGAGUGGGACUAAUAGCAAGUCCUGUCUGCAGUGCCUGUGUGGACAACUUUGGGGCUCGCCCUGUGACCAUCUUCAGCGGCGUAAUGGUGGCGGGCGGCCUGAUGCUCAGUGCCUUUGCUCCUAAUGUCCAGUUCCUCAUCUUUUCUUAUGGGAUUGUGGUCGGCUUGGGUUGCGGUCUGGUCUACGCAGCCACGUUGACGAUCACCUGUCAGUAUUUUGACAAGAGACGCGGCCUGGCCCUCGGCAUUGUCACCACAGGUACGAGUGUUGGAGCAUUCAUCUACGCCACCGCUCAGAACGAGCUGAUUGUGCUGUACGGCCUGGAUGGCUGCCUGCUAAUCAUCGGAGGUCUUGCACUAAAUCUCAUGGCCUGCGCUGGCUUCAUGAGGCCCCUGAACAUGCCAGGGUACUACCUCAAGCAGAAGGCCGCCCUGGAACGCAACACGGAGGAGCAGCUUUUUGAGAAGCCCCCGUUGGAAGACAUGAAGGUCACAACAGGUUCCACCGCAGCCACACCAGACAAAGUUAUGAUGGUGAAAGAAUUGCUCAUCACAGUCGAUGCCAAGGACGCCAUUCAGACAGAGAAAAAGAAAACCAGCUUUCUGUCUGGGUUAGCCAUCAUGAAAACCAUCAAGAAGAAGCAGCAGAACUACUCAAAGUAUGUGCACUCCAUGCAUGAGAUCCUGCAGGACCAAGCCAUGGUGGCCUUCUGUAUUGCUGUCUUCCUCUUCAGCUUGGGGGCCUUCCCUCCUGUGCUCUUCAUAGAAGAUGUGGCGCAGAGUCAAGGACUCAUUGACGAAGUUAGUCUCAUUCCUCUGGUAUCAAUAGGGGCCAUUGCCACUUGCGUGGGUAAACUAGUGCUGGGUAUCCUGGUGGACAUCAGGUGGAUCAACGGCAUCUAUCUGUAUGCCUUCACCAUGUUUGCAGGAGGAGUGUCGCUGCUGCUUAUUCCUAUCACUAAGAGUUAUGUGGGACUGCAGAUCCUGUCUGUAGUCCUGGGUUUCUUCUCUGGAAACUGGUCUCUCACCUCUUAUAUUACCACUCAGAUUGUUGGCCUGGAAAGACUGACACAGGCCCAUGGCAUCCUCAUGUUCUUUGGGGGAUUUGGGAUCAUGCUUGGACCCCCUGUUGUAGGGUGGUUCUUUGACUGGACGCAGUCGUAUGACUUUGCAUUCUACUUCAGUGGGAGCUGCGUUGUGCUGGGAGCGUUCAUUUUGUUUCUGCUCACCCUUCCCUGCUGGAACAGGAAGCACUCGGAGAACAGACCAGACGUCCAUUACACCAGCAACUGUGACAAAGUUGCCUCAGUAGCCUGAAUAUGAGCGCCUUUUAUCGGGACUCAAAUCUUAUCCCUAUUACCCAGCAACCCUCCACUGAAAAAUUACUGUAAACCUGAAAGCCUCUAGGAGGAAUUUUCUUUCUUUGACUAAGGAGGGGUUUUCCCCUUUAUUUCUGUUGCCUGGUUCUAAUAUACCAAAAUACUUGCCAGAGGUUUUGAAAUGCAGGCCUUUCCUCUGUCCUUUGCCUGGAUUUCUCAGGUUCAAACCAUAUACUGCAGAUCUUUUUAAAGUUUGACUCUGAUGCCUCUGCUGAUUUUUUUAUUAUUAUUAUUAUUAUUCCCUCAUUUUAUGAGGUCAACUGAACACUACCGCUCAACUCCCCAAUUCUACAUGUGUUUAUUCUGUUAACACUUUCCACUUCACUGUUGCUCUGAAAGAAGACAUGGUGCUGGUCAUAACACUUGGAAGAAAAAAUGUUGGGUGUUAAUUUAACUCAAU